UUAGCUGAACGAGGCUUCGAGGUGACUCACAGAUGGUUCGAAGCAAAGCCGCUCAUUUGCCUGGUGCUCACGGCAGUGUGUAGGUGAAAACGGUUUUGCUGGUGAUGGAAGUGUAAAGACUAUAACGCGAAUUUUUAAGUGAUGUGCGAGCACUGUGUGAUCCGUACGGAUUUACCAAAUGUUUUUGAACAUUAUGAUCAUUUAGUAAUAAGCAGUCUGACUAUUGAAAUGGGUAAUAAAUCCCAAGUGCUUUAUAAGACAACUCUGAACUACGUUUACGAGGUAACUACGUGGUUGAGUGUCGACACUUCAGGAUCAGACGAAGCUGCUCAAGUCGUGUGAGGAAGUUACGCUAACAGUAGCAACAACUAGCCAGCUUCCAGCGUCAGUGGUGGUGGCUCAGACGUACUCGUGGGUCAGUCCUGAUGGCCGCUCCACCAGCCCACCACCAGAGUACAACCCCCGCCUCCAUCACCACCAGGUCUCCAGGGUGGAGGUGGAGGUGGUGGGGUCGGAGUCGCUGGGAUUGAUGAUCCGAGGAGGAGUGGAGUACGGCCUGGGUAUCUUCAUCACCGGCGUUGAUGAAGAUUCUGCUGCCCAUAAAUCUGGCUUACAGGUAGGUGACCAGAUCCUGGAGGUGAACGGAGAGAGCUUCCUGGCGGUGACCCACGACACGGCAGUCAACAUCCUCAAGUACUCUCGUCGGCUGCGUCUGGCACUGCGUCGGGUGGGCAAGGUGCCUCACUCCUGCACUACCUACGACAGGAGGUGCUGGCCCCCAACACACACCAACGGGGAGACGUCUGCGGAGAACAUGGAGGCGACACUAGCGAUGAUCGAGGAGAAGUCACAGCGGGUGCUGACGCGGAGCCAUCACGCCAGGCUGAGGGAGGCGGUGAGUGACUACGCUGCCGGCAGGGCUCCCAUUCAACACCUACUCAUCACCACCAGGGACCUGCUCAACUCCCCGGACAAGAUGAGUCUGCUAACGGAGCUGCGAGAGGUGGUGCGACCUGAGGACCAGGAGAAGUUCGACGCGGCCGUCUUCCGCAGCGCCAGAGUACAGGAGAAGACCGAUGCUUACGAUGGACACAUCUCUAAUUUGGAUGACUUUAUCAACAUGUACAACCGAAUGGAAAUCCACGGUGAUGAUGUGCCUGUUAAUGACUGUCAAGAGGAAGCUUUGAUGAACGACCAGCGUGUAUCCGAUGUCGCUCAUGAAACUCUAGAGAUCAGUAAAGCUUCAAGUGAGGAUUCUGGUGUGGAAAUGAGUAACGGGAUGAUUGCAAGGAGAGAUGGCGCAAGAUCUCGCUGUGAAAGAAAACGAAGCGGCAAAAUAAUCAGAGAAAAUGGAUCUACUGUCGAAGGUGUGACCUGGGCCGAUGCCGACAAGUCUUGUACGAUUAAUAGCCAACAUUAUAAAUUACUGAGAGAAGAAGAAAGGCAUAACACUCAACCAAUGCAGCAAAAAAAACUUCUGAAACAGUACUCAGAAAAACUUUUACCUAAAACACAAGACUUAGUUACCAGUAUUAAGCCCCAACGGCGCCACAGCCACACGGGCGAGCUCAACGGCGCCGCCAGUGGAAAGCCGCUACCCAAACCCCUCCACGCCCCCGUACACCUCUCUCACCCGCAAAGGUCCGCCCUUUCUCACGCCCGCAAACAGUUCGACGACUACGACACCCAGGCAAACAGAAAUCGUGAAGAAUAUGACCUCCUUCCUUCCACGAGAGUACGGGACGACUAUGACCCAGCGUCGUCCAGAUUAAGGGAGAAUUACGACCCUUCUACACGGCUGAGAGACGAAUACGACUCUCCUCCGUCUAGAGUGAGAGACGGCUAUGAUUCCUCUCCCCCUAUGAUAAGAGACGACUAUGAUCCUUCUCCAUCUAGAGUAAAGGACGAAUAUAAUGGUUCUACACGAGUGAGGGAAGAAUAUGAUGCUUCUACACGAGUGAGGGAAGAAUAUGAUGCUUCUACACGAGUGAGGGAAGAAUAUGAUGCUUCUACACGAGUGAGGGAAGAAUAUGAUGCUUCUACACGAGUGAGGGAGGGAUAUGAUACUUCUUCACAUGUCAGGGAGGAAUAUGAUACUUCACGUGUAAGGGAGGAAUAUGACUCGUCUGUGCAGAGAGGGAGAGAGGAAUAUGACUCUCCCUCGUCCAGAGUACGGGAUGAUUACGAUCCAUCACCGCGAGUCAGAGACGACUAUGCCUUAACACCUUCACGAGCCAGAAAUGACUAUGAUUACGACCCUCCCCAUCCGGGACGACACAGGGAUGAGUACGAGCUGCGGGAAGAGUAUGGAAAACCGGCGGGACGCUGCCAGGACAAGUACGACCUCUUGGAUGACGAGUACGAUGUGGGAUGCCGCACCAGCUCUCGCGAGGAGUACAACACGACCCCCCACUACAGGGAAGUGUUCGAACCGGCGUGCUCCAGGCUCCACUACGCACCCAGCCAUCGCCAAGUGAGUAUUAUGAUUCAAUGUACUACUAAGAACUUGCAGUACUAA